AUGUUUGGGAAUCUUUUCGAGGAAGAAGAAGACGACGACGUCUCUUCGAAUCCCUCCAGGGGGAGAGUUACUAAGGUGGGGGAUGAGCCACCUCCACCCCGGGGUAGAAGCAAUCUGUGUGGGAUCAAGAACCAGGGGGGAACCUGUUACCUCAACUCUCUGCUCCAGACUCUGCUGUUUACCCCAGAAUUCAGAGGUGAGGCCAGCUCUCUAUGCUGAACACUGGCAUGAUGAGGAAAGAGAACUUUGCUGACACCUUUUUGUUGUGUGUCUUUGCAGAGGAGCUGUUCAGUCUGGGGUCAGAGGAAUUAGGAUGCCUGGAAGACAAAGAGAAACCAGACGCCAAAGUAAGAUAAAGUAACAUCUUAACCCUAGACCACUAAUGCUAAAAUUAGUAACGCCAUGACUAUCACCGGGAGAUUUUUACCUGAAAUAAUAUACCCAAGAAAAAGUACUUGUCAUCAAAAUAGGACAAUACAUGACAAAGCAAAGUAGUUGUCUUUUUUUUGUUAACUGUGCAAUAUCCAUCCAUCCAUUUCCUACCGCUUAUUCCCUUUCCCGGGGUAGCUGGAGCCUAUCCCAGCAUCUUCGGGCGAAGGCAGGGGACACCCAGCCCAGUUCAUCGCAGGGCUGACAUAUAGAGACGAACAACCAUCCACGCUCACAUUCACACCUACAGGCAAUUUGAAAGUGGCCAAUUAACCUAACCCCACUUAGGCGUGUUUUUGGGAUGUGUGAGGAAACCCGAGUACCCGGAGUGAACCCACGCAGACACAGGAAGAACAUGCAAACUCCACACAGAAACGCCCUGACCUGGAUUUGAACCCAGGAUCACUACACCACUGUGCCGCCCUGUGCAGUGUCCAAAGGGAGGGAAAAAAGAGUCAUGACGGCACCAUAAUAAAAUGCAACAAAAUAACUGAAAUUAGACAUUCAUGAACAAAAAAUUUUCCACCCAUUCCUGGGGCGUGUGAGUCUUCCCUGGUGAAGACUCAGGGUCCUUGGAACAAUAACAGCUGCAGGAGAGAGAACCAAAAUAUGGCAGAUUUUGAGUGAGUAAAAAUGACCAGCUGAUUAAAAUAUUUCCUAUCACCAUAUGAAUUCCUUUGAAAAUCACUUCUUUGUGAAAUAAAGAUAACAUGCAAAUUCCAGGACCACUCUUACUGACCUUAUUUGCCUACAUGCAGCUAUCAAAUCCACACAAACCUACUUUACCCUCUAUCACUAUUGCCGGGUGAAACUCACCAGAACGCGUUUUGGAUCAGGGAAACAAAUAUGCCUUUAAAGAUGUCAAUGCAAUGCUGAAGCUACCCAGGGACACAUGAUACUAAGGCAGAUGCAACAUAAUGAAAAUUCCGUAAACAUGUUUGGUCGGGUGAAAUAGUGAUAGUGUUCUAGGGUUAAUGCUUUCAUGAUGUGGUGAUAUAUCUUUUUUCUCUUUUUCAGGUCAGAGUGAUCCCACUUGAGCUGCAGAGACUCUUUGCCAGCCUGCUCUUAGUGGACCAGCAGAGCGCCUCCACAGCCAACCUUACUGACAGCUUCGGCUGGAACAGCAGUGAGGUCUGUGUCGGCUAUCUCCAUUAGGGCAGGGCAAACGCUCAGGUUACACUUCUCAUCCCCGUGAUUGAUUUACUUUCCAGCCAUAUCUGGAAAAGGAUGCUUAAAUUUCCAAACAGGAUCUUUAACUUUGGUCUCGUCCGGUCAGACCCUGUUACCUGACUGGAAUUGCAUUUUUGUCUGGAGGCACGCCAGCUGCAGCCAUGCAAAAUAAACACAAGAAAAGGAACAACAGGAAGAAGCAUUCAUAGAAUUCGCUCUAGGGCAUACAUAACUACCUGUUCUCGGUCAAGCCUGAAUACAGUGGAGUGAUGAAACUUGAACCAGAGGUCCUAAACCAUCACUAAAGUAAAGUAACUCUAAAGUAAAGAGUUGCAAAGUCAUCAGUCACUAAAAUCAAAUUUUAAAUGAUUACAUAAACGGCAAGUAAACACAUAAUUAUGUGACUUAAUGAUGUCCCCUCUAAAAGUUCACGUGUACUUAGACUGAUGUGUCAGUCCACAACAUAGCAGCACCCUGAAAAAGUUAAAAGGUCUGUUUAUAAAAAAUCUUUGAAACUGUCAUCAUGACUAGUCCAGUGUUAAGCCAUUCUUGUGCAGAUUUCUGUGAGGAUGCUUCUAUAAUGACAAAACCCCCAUAAAAAUGUUAAAUGUAUGUUUCAAAUUGUAUCUGUAAACACAGCGGGGAUGAGCUUUGUGUCUUACUUAAUCGAUUCUAAUGUAUUUCAGGGAACAAAUCAGCACGAUGUGCAGGAGCUGAACAGGAUUCUGUUCAGUGCGUUGGAGCACUCUCUUGUGGGCACCAGUGGUAACACGUUGAUCCACCGACUCUACCAUGGGACGAUUGUCAACAGCGUUGUCUGCAAGGAGUGUGAUAACAUCAGCCAGAGACAGGUGUGUACAUGUGUGUUGUGUUUUUCUGACCUGCCCAUCCUCUUAAGCGGUACACUAUGUUCAUUAAAUAGAAGCAGAGUUACAUGUUUGGUCUCAUUGUUUGGAUGAACAGUGACUCUCAGAGCUGCUGUGUGAAGUAUCAAUGACUGUAAUGUAUCUUAAGAACGCCACAUUUUCAUAGUUUGGAUAACAAUUUGUGGACUGACACCUGACUGACACUCUUUUUAGUUACUGACACCAAAUGCUGCGGGACACCGUGGCUCACCGGUUAAACUGGCUGAUCAGCCUCUGAGGAGUUAUUUCAGUGGGGCCAUCAAAGUCUUUCACUUUGUUGUCUUUUUCAGGAGGACUUCCUGGACCUGACGGUGUGUGUUUGUGGUGUGUCCAGCCUGGAGGAGGCAUUGUGGAACAUGUUUGUAGAGGAGGAGCUAUUCGAAGGCAAUAACCUGUACCGCUGUGCAGGGUGUGACAGGCUGGUCACUGCUGCCAAGGUUAAUAUCUUCCAGUAGAAGAGAAGAUUAAAACUAGACAUGCAACAAAUAUUUUUUUCCCCCAUCAAAGAUAAAACCUACAAUAACGUCACUAAUCUCGCUCUAUUCAGUCUGCCAAGCUGAAGAAACUCCCUCCAUUCAUGACCAUGUCUCUGCUGAGAUUCAGCUUCGACUUUACCAAAUGUGAGCGGUACAAGGAGACAGGGCGCUACAGCUUCCCCCAGACCAUCAAUCUGCGGCCUUUUUGUGAACAGGUAUAUGACCAUCUGAGUCAUAAAAUACUUCACCUGGGAAGCUUUUGUUUUUCUGUUUAAUUUAACUUCAUGUUAUUUCUGCUCAUCUUUGACAGACUGAUGGAGAGGACUCUGAUUUCACCUACGAACUGUUCUCUGUGAUUAUCCACAAGGGUGGCUGUUAUGGAGGCCACUAUCAUGCUUAUAUCAGGGACAUCGACCAGCUCGGUCAAUGGGAGCCACCGGUGAGAAAAUUAGAAGAUUGUUUAUUUCUAUUUUAUUAAAAAUAUACUGUCGAUUCAGAAAUGUCGCAUAUCAGGUGGCCAUUUGCUCAACACUUUCAAAAUUGAAUGUAACUGACAGCAUCUGGAUCAUCUGAUUAUUUUACUGUCAGUGCUAUCGGUGUUAAAUUUAAAGAAAUGAACUGGGAAAAUCAUGACUUCUCUUCGUCUUACUCAGGAGGAAGACUGCAAACCCAAGACUCAGAAGAAAGCCAAGGAGAGGGUGAAGGAAGCGUGCGAGCCAAAACUACAAGAGGAUGACCCAUUAUCAGUCCUCACUGCUAUUAUUGCCCAGGUAUUUACAGCAGCACACUUGGAAGCUCCCUCAUAUUUGAUCCAGUUUAUGACUUCUUCUUUUCUCUGCUGAGUCUGUAGUUGAGUUCUAAAUCAGUGUUGUCCUCCUCCGGUACUCUAGGAGCCGUCAAAGAGUGUCCUGUUGGACCAGCUGGGACAGAAACUCUUGGAUAAGAUUGGUUCCUCCUGGAGUAAGAAGUUCAGGAAACACUGCGGUCCCAUAGGAAAGGUAUUGUUGGAUUUCUCCUGUCUUAUAAAAUCUGCUCGUAUUUUGCCUUCUUUCUUUUCUAUUGACUUUUUUUCUCUUUUGGUGUAGUUCCUUCAGUCCCACAGUGACGUUUUCAUGUUGGUGUCCCACGGUACUCGAGUGGCGCUGAAAGCUAACCCACCGUGCCCUGUGACUGAGCCCCCCAGCCCAGCAGAGCCAAGUGUGAACUCUGACCCUUCACUGCUUUCAGACUCUGAUGGUGCAGAAAAUCCAGAACCAGACCAGAGCCUGGAGCCUGAACAGGAGGUAUUUCAGCAUCAGCUUCAGUAUUUUAACACAGCUAUAAGCUUAAAAAAGAAAGUUUAAGAGAAAAUACACCUUUUUUUUUUUUAAAUGAAGGUUUCUGGAGCACAGUCGGAUGUUACUCUGUCUGUCGCCUUUUUCUCACGGUUUUUCUUCCCGUCUGUCAGCAGGGUAGCCACUGGUUUGACCUGAACGACUCCUCGGUCACCUCCAUCAGGGAGUCUGACAUAGAGAAGCAGUUCCAGGGCAGAGAGAGCGCAUACAUGCUGUUCUACAGAAAAACACAGCUGCACAGGCCCAGCGAAGGUAAUGGACGCCAUGUGUUUUGUAUCUUUUAUUGUCAUUUCAUAACACAAGGUCCAGCAGUGUUAGAUUUUAAUCAUCUAUUGUUUCUACAUUUCUAGCUCUGAACAACCCUCAAUACAAAGUUCCUCUUCACCUCAUCCAAAUGGCCGAGGAGGAGAACAGAAAGCUGCAGCAAGCACGGUAAAGACAUGAUGUUUUGGUCUACAUGAGCAAGAGUCACAAGAACUGAUUUACAUAUAUUAUUAAUGCGAGUGAACUUCCUCUGUUCUGUCACAGUGAGGAGUUUGAAGCCACCAAUAACACCAUAGAGCUCCGGCUCCACUUGGCACACAGUUACAGGCUGGAAAACGGGGCCCUUCAACCAAUCGACAAAGAGCAAAAUGGAGGCACCCCCAUGAGUUUUGAUCGCAGAAAGACUGUGGGAGAUCUGCGACUGGCUAUUUAUCAGGUAACUUAGCAUUUUAAAACAUGGCGGCUUUUGUUGUAAGAACUAGAUGCUGUAUUUCCUUACAGUAUUCGCCUUUUUUCUUUUAUAGAUGCAGGAACUCUGGGAAGGGGACAUGGCUCUGACUGUGGCCAAGAGUCUCCCUGCUGGUUUGCACCUCUACAACUCUCUGACAGGUGAGACACAAAAAUUGGAAACCUCUUAAAAAAGGAUAAAAGUGUUCCAGUUUUAUAACCACAUUCUUGUUGUGGUGUUUUUUUUCCACAGAUGACAGUGUGUCCCUGUACAGUGCAGGCAUUUCCACAAACUCUGACCUGUUUGUGUGGAACGGCAGAGAGGUGAGAAAAGUUUGACACGAGUUUUUUAAGUCCGUCCCCAUCACUCUUACAUGAGGUCAUUUUUCUGCCACUCCUCCCCACAUCAACCCGAUUAGGUGUGUGGUGCGACUGUCCUGACGGGAGCAGAGUGGGAGCCAGUGCUGCUGACCGUGGUCCGUCCCUUUCUGGGGGAAGAUGAGGAUCUACAGGUGGAGGACGGGGUUGGGUGCGAGGAGCAAGCAGGAGGCUUUGAAAAUGGAGGGCCAGGGCUGAAAAAGGAGGCCAGAGGGUUUGCAGGAGCCGUGACUCUCGGGGAGGUGAAGGAGGCUCUUGGGGAGCAUAAGGAGAGUGUUUUGUGUCAGGAGCAUAAAGGAGGAAAGAAAGGAGAACAAGGGGCUGGUCAGGGAGGAGGGGCAAGUGGUUGGAGGGUGUUCCCCCCUGAUGACAUGCAGCGGACACUGAAGGAGCUGUCGCUGAAGGAUGGAGACGCACUGUUGGUGCUGGAGCCUCAGUCCUUCGACUGCAGGUAAAAACCCUCUUCAAUGUUUACACCUGAUGUUUUAUUAAGAUCUCUGUUUCACUCCUGUGCUCUCGUUCAGCAUGUUCUCUCUGAACGGAGACGUCGUCACUGUGACCACACCUUCCGACUGCCGCUGGCUUCAGGUGGCGUUUCGACCACAUGAUAGAGGAGGAGAUGGAGAAAGAGAGAAAGAAGAGGAGAGAGAGAAGAUAAAAGUUCCUGCUACAGGAAACAUGGUUCGUAGUUUUGUUGCUGCUGCAUUUGUUUGUCUGACACUCUUUUGUUUUUCUUUGCAACUCAAUUGAAGCAUCUCUCUAACUCUCAUGUGUCUCUGUCUUAAGCUAAUGUUUGAGGUGAAGCAGAGGGCCAUAGAAGAGCUGCAGCUACACCCAGGCAAGCCACUCAGUGUUUAACUCAAGUCUAGAAAUGACAGUGCUGAAACCAACCCAGAAGUGAUCGGUCUGAUUCUAACCUGGUCCAGUAAAUAAAGUCUGAAUUAGAGGGGGACCAGAUGCAUCUGUAAAAACAAAACAUGACCUUGCAGAAACUCUUAGUUUCUAUGCUUCCAAAUCUACAAAUCAAAUGUAAUAGUUUGACACCAUUUGCUUUAUGUGAACAGAAAAUCAUUAAAAACGUCUCAUAUUUAAUUCAAAAUCAAAGGCCAUUUAACUGAAACGCUUCAAACCUGAACUCAUGUAUCUGUGGGCCUCCCAGGAUUAUUUAAAGCAUCUUAAAAAAAGAUCAUAUUCUUAUGUUAGCUGCUGUUAAGGUAAACAUAAUGUAUUUAUAUUAGCCAGUAUCUUAAGAUAUGCUUCUCGUGUUUACUGGUGUUUCUGCUUUCUCUUUUCUGGCUGACCAGGUGCACAGUACUGUCUGAGACAGGUGGACUGCACAGGGAAACUCCUCCCUCCAGGUACUGUGUCAUUUUUUUUGACCUGCAGGAGAUUUUAAUAGCGCUGGAAAUCCCCCUCAUUUUGACAGAAUAUUAAGCAUUCCUUCACACUGCCCCCUCAUAAAUGUUUACAAGGUAACCCCCUCCUCCUCCCUGCCUGUAAUGUUUCUUCUCAUCAUCUGACUUUGAAGUCGUAGAGCACAUUUAUAAAGUGCAUUUUUCUUCUAAUUUGGUUUACCUGGCAGUGUGUGAGGAAGUGAGCGUGCGCGAUGCAGGGGUGCGACUCAUGACCACGCUGAUUCUGUGUCCGGGGAAGGCCCCCAAGGCAUCACAGGUGUGUCUUUUUUAUUUGAAACCUUCAACAAAUCCUUUGUACUUGCAGGUGCACAGGUUACAGAGCCUUUAAGCACAUUUCCUGUGCUACAUUUAUAACAAAGUGACUUACAAGAGUUGGAAAUUCUUGAUUCAUGUUGUGGUUUUCUCUUUGCCUUCCAGCUUUUCUUGCAUUUCUCUGUGGGUGCAGCGCCCUCUGCUGGCAUGGAGAUGGACAUAAUUGUGGAAAAUACUUGCACUGUUAAAGAGGUAAGGAAAUCUGCUCAUGUACUUAUUUGUGAAGCAUUGAAAAUCAACUUUUGAAUGCUUUGCAAACUUCAUUGAUUAUUAAGCCUUUGACUGUUAUUUGCAGUGUCUAAAGGCAAUGCUGGAUGCUGUUGGACUUGAUGGUAAGCCCUGUGUGUUUUUUUUUUAUUUUCUUGCUUUUCUGCAGUAACUUGAAAAUACUUUUGCUUUUUAAAGCCUGAAAUUCAAUAUUUUUUUUUGCCAUUGUGAUUAAAAUGUUUCUAUGCAGGCACCUUCUGGCACUUGAGAAGGUUGGAUUGGUGCGAGGAGGUCGGCGAGCCGCUUAUCGAUGAGGUGGGAUACCAGCAUAGAAAUUCAGAAUAUUUUGUUAUGCAUAGAAAUUCAGAUGUUUCAUGUGUAGACCGUAUUUCCUUUGUUUCAUGUUAAAAAAAAAAAGAGAGAAAAUUUGAAUAUUUUGUUUUGCUAGUUCUUGUGUCAAUACCAAACUUUUUGCUCUCAGGAUGCGUCUCUGUCAGAGCUAAAGAUCAGCAGCGGAGACACAUUAGUCGUCACAGAAGGACAACUACCCCCAAAGGUACUAAAAUGUUCACAUCUGUGCUGGAGGGUUUUAACAUAGGAUAACUAAACUCCAUGCUGUCUUUCUUUUUGUUAGGGAUUCCUCAAGCUUCAUGUGUGGCUGUAUCUGGAUACCAGGAACAACUUAGCGGAGUCUAACCUUACCAACAACGGCUACACUGGGGAGCUGGAAGCUGUAACUCCACGGGAUGUGCACUCUCCUCCUCUGAGAAAUGUCGGAGAGGUGGAGAUAUCAGAUGAAGCCACUCUGGAGGACCUGAAGACUCAGGUCAGUGUCAGAGCGGAUUUGUAAAUCAAAGCAGGAGUUGAGAGGUGUUGGUACUAAUUUGAGUAAUUAUCUAAAGCCAUACAUUGGCCUUUUAUUAUUAAUAGUUUUAACUCAAUUGAACAGCUGUCACCAGUGUUUUUGUAAAGUUGAGUGACAUGAAUCCACUCACAGGAUUGUGUUUUUUGAUAUCAUGUGAAGCUCCCUCUGUGUGAUAUCAGUUUAUGCUUCAGCAGCACUGCAACACUGUGUGAACUCACACUCAUGUAGGACAGAGUUAGAUCUGAUUUUGUUUAAUCCUGGGACCAGCAUGUAAAUAAUCUUUCUGUUUGAAAUGUAGUUUUUCAAAGUUAACUUUUAUCAUAAAAUCUGAAAAAGAAAAAAACACCUUCUCUUCUCUCUUACAGGAGAAUUAAAACCAGGUCAUGCAAAGUCUUUGUUUUGUUUUUUCUUUAACCAAAUGUUGCUUUUCUUCGUUUCUUCCUCAUCAGGUGCUGACCUUGUCUGCGCUGCAGGAUGUGUGUGUGCCAACCAUCGGGUUCAUGCGUGUGUGGCAACUUGAGGGACGGAGGCUGGUACGGAUCCUCAGAGGACAACAGCAAACACUCAGGUACAAAGACUUUGAAGGCCUUCAGAUUAUUUUCAUCCUUUUAUAAAUGAAGAGUCACGGCUUAUUUCUGUAAUACCUUUAAAUCAGGAAAUUGAAGCUGGCCAGUGGUGCAGACAUCUGUAUGCAGCAGCUUCUGACAGAAGAGGAUCUUGGGUAGAUUUUUGGUUGAUUUAUAUUGCUAAACAUUAAUUGACGUCAUUUUUCCAACUUUAUUUCACCCUAACAUUUAUUUUUCUAUCUCCUCUUCAGCCCAAAGGAGGUGUUACUGAACAUUAAAAUGGGAGUUCCAGGGGAAAGGUGUUACUACCCUCCAGAGGAGCUGAUUUGGGAAGCAUCCCAAGAUUCCUCUCCACGCUCUCUGCGCACUUGUUUGGCUGCACACUUCGGCCUCUCCCCUGACUCUCUGCUGCUGGCUAAAUACCAGCCAGACAAACACACCUGGGAAGAAAUCUCAAACUGGGUAAACAGAGAGAGACCUGAGGUUGUUUUUACAAACUCAUUUCUAUGUUAUGAUCUGAUACCAUGCUGUAUGCCUGUUUCGUUAUUAGAACCAGCAGGUUUCAAAAAAGAAAAAGAAGAAAAAGACAGAAUCACUACUAGGGGCGCCAUUUCACCUCAAAGAUGGUGACACAAUUGGCAUUAAGGUAUUUAUCUUCCCUGGUCUCUUUAUUUUUAUUUUUUGCUUGUGUUUUUUUGUUUCCAUUUAUUUUAGAAGUAUUAAAUCUGUUAUUUCUAUCCCACCAGAAUCUUUUGAUUGACAACAACAGGGACUUUGUCACCCUGGAGGAUGAGCAGGGCCAGCAGAUGCUCAGGGAGCUGGCAGAGGAACGCAGGAAAGGGUGGGACUUCUUUACAUUUACACACAGCUGCAAGAAAUAUAUAUGGCUGCAAAUCAUCUUAAAGCCACAGGGAUUCUUACUAUAGUUGCACAACAUUAACACUGUGUCAGUAAGUGUAAGAGCCUUAGAGUAAAAACUGUUUCUCUUUUCAGAGGGGAGGCUGCGGGCUCUAAUGGAGUUGGAUCGCAGAAGAAGACAGGGCCCAACAAAUCCAGAAAACCAGAGGUGGCUCUGUCAAUCAAUGUUGGGGUCUUCAGAUAG